AUGGAUCAUACAUGGAACAUGUUCUUCGUCUGCCAAGUAAAAUCUCGAAUUUCGGCACCCGUAAUCCUCUUGUUAUUCGACGUCGUGUCGGCCAAGAAAAUCCCCGCGAUCUUCGUGUUCGGGGAUUCCAUGGUCGACGCCGGGAACAACAAUUACAUCAAGACGUUAGCGAAAGCAACGUUUCCGAACGGAAUCGACUUUUGCAACAGCUGCCCCUCCGGGUCCGGGAGAUUCACUAACGGUAGAACAGUAAUUGAUAUCAUAGAACAGGGCUUGGGUGCCAAAGAUUUCAGACCACCGUACUUGGCUCCAAAUACCCCAAUCGACGUGAUUCUAAAAGGUGUCAAUUACGCUUCUUCUGGUUCUGGUAUUUUGAACGUCACCGGCUUAAUCUGGGGUGGUCGCAUCAGCUUAGAUGAACAGAUCAGUAACUUCGAGGAAACCAAGGCGACGAUUGUCUCGACGAUCGGCAGGCGUAAGGCUAAGAGGCUACUAAAUCAUCAGGCAUUGUUCAUCGUCGUUAGUGGUUCGAAUGAUUUCCUUUUGGGACAAGAGAUUAUUCCCUUGAAGAAUGCAUUGGCUCGAGGAUGGUAUUUGAACAUUAUGAGUUCGAGAUUCGAAUCCCAACUCAGAAGGCUUUAUUAUUUGGAAGCAAGAAAGAUCAUAGUGACAAAUAUUCCAAGAUUUGGGUGCAUCCCUUUUGCGAGGGACAAGAGCCCUAAUGUUAAGGGUUGCAUCCCUACGUUCAACGGAGUUGUCAACUCAUACAACAAGAGAUUGAAGAGACUGCUUAAGGAUCUUACAACCGAUCUCGACGGUUCGAUCUUUGUUUACGCCAAUAUUCAUGCGAUGCUCAAAGAUAUUCUUCAUAGAUACAAGCAUUACGGGUUUGAAAAUGUAAACCUUGCAUGUUGUCACACUGCCGGAGUUCAUGGAGGUCUACUCCCCUGUUGUUCGUUGUCGGAAAUUUGUUCGAAUCGGACCGAGUACGUGUUUUGGGAUGCAUUCCAUCUGACGGAAACCAGCAAUGUGAUCGUAGCGAGGCACUUGAUGGACGGUGGCCUGAAGUUCAUGUCGCCGAUGAACAUCCGACAGUUACUGUAUUCUCUUGCUGUUCAUCUUGAUCUCGAUGAUUAACUGAUGUUGAUUGGAAUUGUUUAGC